CCUUCGAAGAAGAAGCAACAGCGGCAGCCUAUCCAUGAACUGAAAGAGCCGCAACGUAACAUGGGAAAAUGGCGGCUGUUCAGGAUGGUCAGAUCGAACCGGAGAGCGAAAAGGAAAUUAAAUCGGAAACGUUGAACGAUGCGACGGGAAACCAUGCAGCUGCAGUCGGGGGGCUGCUUCCCUCCUCUCCGGUUUCGACUGCGUCCGUUGGGGCCUCAAACUCCUCGAAAGCGGCGGCGUCGGAGGACCAGCAGACUCUCCUGGCCGUGCUGCAGUUCCUCAAGAGGAACAAGCUGGUGGAAUCGGCCGAUAUCCUGCGCCGAGAGGCCGGCUUGCUGGAGGAGUCGGAUGACGCGCAGGGCUCCGAGGGCGGCCGGGAUGAGUUAGGGGGGGCGAGUGCGGAUGAAGGCGGGGAGGCAGCGUCGCUUUUCAGCCGAGUGACAAGCGCCACGGGAGCCUCUGGUAUCGCAACAGGUCCGGCGCCUAGUAAAGCUACAGUAGCCCAAGGAAGCGAGGACCAACCAGAUGUCAGUGUGGUACUUUCUGCCUACAGCCAGCAGGGGGACCCAGCACUGUACCAGAUGUACUACAGUGGACUCAAGAAGUUUAUUGAGUCGGUUCUUGACUGUCACAGAGCUGAACUGUCACAGCUAUUUUACCCACUGUUUGUCCACAUGUACCUGGAGCUCGUGUACAACAACCAUGAACAAGAAGCAAAGGAAUUCUUUGAAAAAUUCCAUGGAGACCAGGAGUGUUACUAUCGGGAUGAUCUGCGGGUGCUGUCCGGGAUGUCCAAGAAGGAGCACAUGAGAGGCAACGAGACGCUCCUCGACUUCCGUACCAGCAAGUUCGUGCUGCGCAUCUCCCGGGACUCGUACCAGCUGCUCAAGAGGCACCUGCAGGAGCGCCAGAACAACCAGAUCUGGAACAUCAUCCAGGAGCACCUCUACAUCGACAUCUUCGACGGCAUGCCACGCAGCAAGAGCCAGAUCGACAGCAUGUCGGGGAGUCUGGCGGGGGAGGCCAAGCGGGAAGCCAACAAGGCCAAGGUGUUCUACGGACUCCUGAAGGAACCGGAGAUCGAGGUGCCCCUAGAUGAUGAGGACGAGGAGGCGGAGAACGAGGAGGGGAAGCCCAAGAAGAAGAAACCGAAAAAGGACAGCAUGGGCUCGAAGAGCAAGAAGCAGGAUCCCAAUGCGCCCCAGCAGAACAGGAUUCCUCUUCCUGAGCUGAAGGAUUCUGACAAGCUGGAUAAAAUCAUGUAUAUGAAGGAGGCCACCAAGCGUAUCCGACUGGGCCCAGACAACCUGCCAUCAAUCUGCUUCUACACCUUUCUCAACGCCUACCAGGGUCUGACCGCUGUGGAUAUCACGGACGACUCCAGCCUGAUCGCCGGCGGCUUCGCGGACUCCACCGUACGAGUGUGGAGCGUCACUCCCAGGAAGCUGCGUGCGGUCAAAUCCGCAACAGACUUGAGUUUGAUCGAUAAGGAGUCGGAAGACGUCCUGGAAAGAAUCAUGGAUGAAAAGACAGCGAGCGAAUCCAAGAUCUUGUACGGACACAACGGUCCGGUGUAUGGAAUUAGCUUCAGCCCGGAUAGGAACUAUCUGCUGUCCUGCUCGGAGGAUGGUACUGUGAGGCUGUGGAGCCUGCAGACCUUCACCUGCCUGGUGUGCUACAAGGGACACAACUACCCCGUGUGGGAUGUGCAGUUCUCCCCGCAUGGCUACUACUUCACGUCCGGGGGCCACGACCGUGUUGCUCGGCUCUGGGCCACGGAUCACUACCAGCCUCUGCGCAUGUUCGCGGGCCACCUGGCCGACAUCACCUGUACCCGCUUCCAUCCCAACUCCAACUACUUGGCCACGGGGUCAGCUGACCGCACCGUCAGGCUCUGGGACAUCCUGAACGGCAACUGCAAUCGCAUCUUCACGGGGCACAAGGGACCUAUCCACUCGCUGGCCUUCUCCCCCAACGGGAAAUUCCUGGCGUCGGGGGCCACUGACGGCCGGGUUCUCCUAUGGGACAUCGGCCGGGGGCUGAUGAUCGAGGAGCUCAAUGGUCACACGGACACAAUCUACGCCCUCAAGUUCAGUCGAGAUGGAGAGAUACUGGCUUCAGGCUCCAUGGACAACACGGUCCGCCUCUGGGACGCGGUGAAGGCCUUCGACGACAUCGAGACGGACGACUUCACCGCCGCCACCGGUCACGUGCACCUGUCGGAGAAUUCCCUGGAGCUGCAGCUGGGGACCUACACGUCCAAAUCCACACCCGUCAUCCACCUGCACUUCACUCGCCGGAACCUGCUGCUGGCGGCUGGGGGGUAUAACCCAUAGGGGGGGGGGGGCACCUUGAGGCUUCCCUGACUUGGGGGCAUGGCGGACAGGGGGUCCGGCAUAGCGACAGACCCAUCUUGAGAACUUUGCUAAUAUGAUAAAAAUGUGAUUGAGGUCCCGAUCUUUCACGAAAGUCACCUCCUCUGGCAUGGAAUCGCAGGGAGGCUGUCGGUUCCUCCUCAUAAACUCACAAACGGACGGUUUAGGUUGCAGUCACUGCCAGGCCUGAGGCCCACGUUCCCCAGUGUGGCUCGCAAACACACGGCAUUUCAGUCAUUAUGCAAUAUGUAAAUAGAAAUAAACAUUUUUAACAGGAACGCUUGUAUGCGCUGUUCGAUUUAAGGCUCUCGACACGAUUGUAUGCGACAGCAGACAGAAGAGAGAAGCUGAUCAGGAAGCGUGCUUCAGCCGUGACUGCAGAUCCAGUUUGAAGCAGAAAACGAAAAUCAGCCGCCAUGGGAUCUGCUGCUGGUGUCUUAAGUCAGUGUUUCUCAGCCCGGCCUGCAGGGGACCGUCACCUUUUCUGGUAGGGAGCUUGGAGGGAGUAAAAACAGGCCAGCUGGGGUUCCCAAGGAUCGGACUGAGAAACAUUGCUUUAAGUUGUGUAGAUUUCUUCUAGUACAUCGGCUUAGCUGAUAGGCCAGUUGAAGUGUUGACUCAGACAUUUCAUGCCAUUGAAUACAUUAACAAACCUGCCUUUGUAAGGAUGAAAGACCGUCGCACUCUUUUGAAAAGGUUCCUUAGUUACUGUUUUAAUAAAUCAGCGAAAGAAAACUUGUUGCCUAUUGCCAAAAGGUUGUACUGGUUGUACUGGUGCUGCGGGCUUCUGAUUGGUCAUUCCCUGAGAGCCCAGUUGUGAUUGGUCUACAUAAAUGCCAGUUGAAAUUGAGUAAUAUAAAAAGACUAUUUUAUAUAUGAUAUUGUACAGCUUUCUCCUGUUUUCUAAUUACAUAUUUAUGUAACAA